GCCACGCGUUAAGACUCCGAGCUGGAGAGUACGUGUCUAAGGGGAGGAGGCGGCGGCGGGGCGGCCGGUGCGGAGCAGCCGAGCGCCGCGGGGACGGGUGUCAGCCCCAGUGCGAGAAGGGGUUUUAAACCGAUCCCGGCCGGACCGGAUUUUACUUCGAGCGGGUUUUAAAGCGGCUGUCGUCCCUCUCGCCUCUGCGGACGGGGCAGCAUGUCCGAAGCGGAGCAGCAGUUGGUGGCCGGUGCCACCCAGAACGGGCACGAAGCGGCCGAGAACGCCGGAGAGCAGCAGGCCGAAACCGGCGGGGCUCCGGCGGCGGCGGCGGGCGCGGCGGCGGCAGCGACGUCAGGAACGGCGGCAGCGGGAGCCGGACCGGCAGCGGGAACAGCGGGGGCGGCUGCCAGCCAGAAUGGAGCCGAAGGCGACCAGAUCAACGCCAGCAAGAACGAGGAGGAUGCGGGGAAGAUGUUUGUUGGUGGUCUCAGCUGGGAUACAAGCAAAAAAGACUUGAAAGAUUACUUCACCAAAUUUGGUGAGGUGACUGACUGUACAAUAAAGAUGGACCCUAACACAGGAAGAUCCAGAGGCUUUGGAUUUAUUCUCUUCAAAGAACCUGGGAGUGUUGAAAAGGUUCUGGAACAGAAAGAACACAGGCUAGAUGGACGACUAAUUGACCCCAAGAAGGCCAUGGCAAUGAAAAAGGAUCCAGUGAAGAAAAUAUUUGUUGGUGGACUGAACCCAGAAGCCACAGAAGAAAAAAUCAGGGAAUACUUUGGAGAGUUUGGAGAGAUUGAAGCAAUUGAACUUCCAAUGGAUCCAAAGACCAACAAGAGGAGGGGGUUUGUCUUCAUCACUUUCAAGGAAGAAGAUCCGGUGAAGAAGGUUUUGGAGAAGAAAUUCCAUAAUGUCAGUGGAAGCAAGUGCGAGAUAAAGGUAGCACAGCCGAAAGAAGUUUACCAGCAGCAACAGUUCAGUAGUGGUGGAGGAAGAGGUAGCUAUGGAGGAAGAGGCAGAGGCGGAAGAGGCGGCGCUCAAAGUCAAAAUUGGAAUCAAGGUUAUGGCAAUUACUGGAACCAGGGUUAUGGGAAUCAAGGAUACGGCUAUCAGCAAGGUUAUGGUGGCUAUGGAGGCUAUGAUUAUUCAGGAUAUGGGUAUUAUGGAUAUGGACCAGGCUAUGAUUACAGUCAAGGCAGUGCAAAUUAUGGGAAGACACCAAGACGUGGUGGUCAUCAGAAUAACUACAAGCCAUAUUGAUCAAACUUAUUCAGGCCUGGCAGUGGUCACAGUUGAUGCCUACAAGCACUGGAUAUUCCACAAGUUGAAGACGGAAUACUGACUUGUUUACCUGAAGAUAAUAGGACUUCGGGGUAUUUCCUCAGAGAAAAUAUAAAUUUUAAUAUAAUUUCAUAAGCUUUGGAGGUUAGCUUGUCUUGUAGCUUCAGUGAUAUCAAACUUCAAGUAGGAGCUAGAUAGAAAGCUGUUUAGUUUUUGCCAGCGUAUGUAAAACAAGACUUUUCUAUCUGCAUUGUAGAUUGUUUGUGGACACUUCCAGAUUCUUGUGCUUUCCGCAGUCAUUCUGAGGACUGAACUCUCAUUGAUACCCAUAGAGGUUCCAUCAACAGGACACGUGCAGGAAUUUGAGUGUAGAAGCCCACAGCGUGGUUUGGAAUAGUGAAUUGCUUUUAGUUUGGAGAUGACUGGGGGAAGAUGGGAAGAGCAACUGUACAUUAAGGGAACAAUUACAGAUCUUCUUCCCCAUGACAUCAAUGAGAGAUUUGCCUUCAACCUUCCACAGAAGAAGAUUUUUAGCUUUAAUUUGGGACAGUAAAGGGGUUUUUCAAAAGCACUAAAAAGACAGUGGGAGCUUGUUCAGCUGCUCCUGAUGCCUUUAAAAACCCCGCCACCAAAAGUGAUAGCUAACAACAUGAAAUGGAAGUAAAUAAAAUGCAUUUUCAUUGCUGUUUUGAGUUACAUAA